AUGUUUGGAUGGAAAGCGUUGCAUAAUGGGCUAGCGGUUAAUGUUAAUCUUGCUAAGAGGGGGCUUCACAUUGAUCAAAAGUGUCCGCGAUGUGGGGAUGCUAACGAGGCAUUAGAACAUAUGCUGAUGACUUGUGCUGAUAGCCGUAAAGCCUGGUAUUUUUCUCCUCUUCGAAUUGAUGUUGCGCAAGUGAAUUGCGGCAGGUUUCGUGAUUGGGUGUUUGAGCUAAACCACAACAACAAAGAUGAGGAGUGGUGGGUUUUAUUUUGGAUGAUGUGUUGGAAUAUUUGGGUGGGAAGAAAUGCGUGGGUGUUCGACAGGAAACAGCGUGAUUUUAUGUCCCUAAUAGAUAAAGCUGUGCAAGGAGGAAUGGAGUAUGCUGCUGCAAAUACUCGCAAGGGGAAGAAGGAUAGGGUGAAUGAGGUUGAUGUGCGGUGGAAACCGCCGGCAGAAGGCACCUAUAAGCUUAAUACGGAUGUUGCUCUUCUUGGUGGUAAUCUAAUAGGAAUGGGGGGAGUAGUGAGGGACUUUGAAGGAGAUGUUGUGGCUGCAUUUUGCUGUAGGAAGGAAGCUACCAAUGACGUAGCGGUUGCGGAAGCCUUAAGUGCUCGCCUGGGGGUUAAAGACUGCCAUUGA